UGGUGUUGGACUCGCUUGCUUGGGUGGAGAACACGGAUGCUAUGCCCAUGCUACGCAUAUGGGGGACGGAUGCUUACCCUUACACAGGGACAGAAAGUACCCAUCCUUGGAGGGAACCACGCAAUUGGGUUCAGCUUGUAAUCAAAGAACCAAUAGUCUCACCCGAGACAUCGGAUGCGAUUAGGAGGACUGAGUACACAUUGUUUUAUGGAGGCACUCCCGCUACGAAUACAGCUGAGGUCACCGGCAAAAUUCCCGGCCUUAGAGUGGUUCACAUUGAGAACAUGAAGCGCUUCUUCAUCCGUUUAAGGAGUUGCUUGAUUUGUAGGUUGCAGGCUCUGCAAAUUCUGAAACCUGAAAUUGAGCCAUUGAAUGAUCGUGAUGUAUCCGAGUUGUGUGAAGCCUACAAAGCCUGUCAAGAAGGCGGGUUUGCAAUGCUCACCGAAGGAUCUGAUCUGUCGAUGUUGCAUGUUGGCCCCUUCGACACGACUUGGAAACAGUUCACGAAUCUGAUUGCCCAGGGUGGGAGGAUAAAUCUUGCAGAAGUUUUCAAAAAGAAAAAUAACAAUGUUCAAGAACGGUCUGCCUGCGUGCAUGUCUACAUCCCUGAUUAUACUGGUCUGGGGGAUUUGCGCUGCCCUUUCUGUAGCCAAUUCAUGAGGUAUGAUCUGAGCUUCAGGUGUUGCCAUUCCGAUUCCAACUAAAGGGGGCUCGCAACGUGCAAGGUCCAUAACCAAUGCCAACACUAAAUAAAAAGCGGGCAGUCCAGAGCAUGUUGACUGUUGAGUGUGUACGGUGUGAAAGUGUGUUUGCUGUUUGUUGAGUGUAUUAGGUGUGGAAGUGUGUUUGCUACAAGUUUCGUGUGUUAUCGGUUUGUAAUACCAGCCUCCUUGUUCACAAGAGGGCUGAUGCGUAUU